GAUAUAUUCCUUCUGAUCAUUUGCACAUUUCAAGUACUCGCGAAUUUGAUUGUUUUGAUUGCGUUCGGAGGAGAUGCAAAACUGCGACGUAAUCCAAAUCUCAUCCUAUUGGCAUCGUUGGCAUUCAUUGAUUUUGCGUAUGCACUCUUGUCAAUACCCUAUCUUAUAAUUUUGAUCACUUUCUGGGUUCCUGAAGGUGAGGAGUUCAACUACAAUGCAGUAAUGGUGAUUUACUCUGGAGCUAUGCCGGCAGCAUUGAUGAAAUCUGGGUGUACGAUAACUACGUUGAUUGCACUUGAUCGUGUUAUCGCAUUAUAUUUCAUUGGUGGAUUCAUCGUUUCUCUAUUGAUGGCUCUGUUUGAUUUGACCAUUCUGUUUCGAUUCACCCACAUUCAUGCAGUACCUGGAUGCACAUCAUUCGAUUGUUUCACGUCCACGAAAUUUCGUGCUUAUUGGGGGCUGUCAAAUAUGGUCGUCAACACAAUAUCAUGUAUUCUGACGAUUGCUCUCGUGAUAGGCUUGAAGAGACUGCGUGCGAAUCGUCAGGAGCACUUAUCAAGAGUACGACAAGCAGCGCGUGAUAAAUCUGCUGAUCGAGUAGCGAUGUAUAUUUUGAUCGUAUCGGCUGUUUUUGGUGUCAUUCCUGGCACAAUCAAUGGGUGUGCCGAAUUCACGCACAUCGUGGUAUGCGUUUCUAUCUUAUAA